AUGAGCAACGACAAGGACAAUUUCAGCGUCAGCGAUCUCACUGCUGCUCUUAAACAUGAGGAUCGAGCAGACCUUGUUAACGCUCUUAAGAACAAGCUGCAGAAUCUGGCUGGAGAGCAUUCUGAUGUGCUCGAGAACCUGACUCCUAAAAUCAGAAGGCGUGUUGAGGUCUUGCGGGAGAUUCAGGGCAAACACGAUGAAAUAGAGGCAAAAUUCCGCGAGGAGAGAGCUGCACUUGAAGCCAAGUAUCAAAAGUUAUAUCAGCCUUUAUAUACCAAGCGUUGUGACAUUGUCAAUGGAACUACCGAAGUUGAAGGAGUUCCAGAGGAUACUAAGAUGGACCAAGGAGAUGAGAAAGCUGCAGAAGAGAAAGGAGUCCCUAGUUUCUGGCUGACCGCACUGAAAAACAAUGAUGUUAUAUCUGAGGAGGUCACAGAGCGUGAUGAAGGAGCCCUCAUGUAUCUUAAAGAUAUUAAGUGGUGCAAGAUUGAGGAACCAAAGGGUUUCAAACUUGAGUUUUUCUUCGACCAGAAUCCUUACUUUAAAAACACCCUGUUAACGAAAGCAUAUCACAUGAUUGAUGAAGAUGAGCCUCUGCUUGAGAAGGCUAUCGGGACAGAGAUUGAUUGGUAUCCUGGAAAAUGCUUAACCCAGAAGAUUCUCAAGAAGAAGCCUAAGAAAGGUGCGAAGAAUGCCAAGCCAAUCACUAAAACUGAAGAUUGUGAAAGCUUCUUCAACUUCUUCAAUCCUCCCCAAGUUCCUGAUGAUGACGAAGACAUUGACGAGGACAGAGCUGAGGAACUUCAGAAUCUGAUGGAACAAGAUUAUGACAUUGGCUCUACAAUCCGGGAGAAGAUUAUACCUCAUGCUGUCUCAUGGUUUACUGGUGAGGCUAUUGAAGGGGAGGAGUUUGACAUAGACAAUGACGAUGAAGAUGAUAUUGAUGAGGACGAAGAUGAGGAUGAAGAAGAUGAUGAUGACGAAGAUGAGGAAGAUGACGAUGACGAAGAUGAGGAGGAAGAAGAAGUAAGCAAGACCAAAAAGAAGCCAUCAGUCCUACACAAGAAAGGAGGAAGACCACAGCUUAACGAUGGACAACAAGGCGAGAGACCUCCCGAGUGCAAGCAACAGUAA